CAGGACCCAGCUCGGAAGGCUGGAUAUCGGCGUCCAUAAGCAGCUUGAGAGAGGGUUCAAUCUGCUCUCACUGCUUGUUUAAAGGGUCGGGUUCGCAACGGCAUCAACAGACAAUCCAGUGACCCUUAAACCGCCCAUCUGUACAGGGCCACUCCUCCUACACUCACCGACGGGAUUCUCACCUCCAGACUCAGAAAACACCAGCUUGAAUGUCUGCGACAAAGAUCCGUCAGCCGAUCUACAAGAAGAAGCCGCUCGAAACGGAGGGGACCUUGGGCCCUGCCCUCCUGGUCUCCUGCCCAUGUCUGCAUACAAGACGCAACCUCCCCAACUGCACGUAUUCUGCCCAGCCCUUUCCGACCCAGGAGACGGAAUGUUCUGCCUCGCACCUCAACCAGAUUGCUUUUGCCGCCAACAAUGCCACGUCGAGCCAUUACCUGGAGACGCAGGGAGCGCCGGGCGACAACAUCGACGUCCUAUCAUGCCAGCCAACUACGGGUUCGCCCGGGACCAGGGUGUCGUUGAAAGUGAUCAGCCACUACGAUUUACUUGGCCACGCAAUGACGACGGCAGCUCCCUUUGUUUCCAUCUUGUUUGGCUCACGGAAAUGCACAGGACAGGUUGCUAGAGACUUGCAGCACGGCGAAGGUGGCGGCACUUACACCAUCACUGCUGAAGCGCCGCAUUUCCCAGAUGAUCGUCCGUCUCUCGGCAACGUGCCUCUGACACUUCUUGUGAAAAGCGCGGGCGGCGAGGAAGUGGCACGAGUCAGCGUCGGCGUGUUCACGUAUUGCGAUGUCCGGUCCGUCACUGGGAGAGGUGAUGUGGAAGAUGGAGCCCCUGGUGACAGCAGGCAGCCGGGUCCGGGGUCACCCAAGACCGGAUCAGCUGUCCCACUCGGCAGCCCACCACACCAAGACUUGCAGGCGCGGACAAAACCAGUCAGCCCGGUUGUUGACCAUGCGCUCCCAGAAAGUUCAACUACAAAUGCUUAUAAUUUCCCUCCGAGCGUCUCGGCAGUCGGCGCCGCGCAGAUGCAUGCACAGGCUCCCGUCCACCACGAUUACACCGUUGCCGCCACCGGAGCCUACGGCCAAGGAGCCGGCAAUAUAAUGCCUGGAUACCGCGGGCCGUCUUUCGCGGACCACUGGGACCGUUACCCGCGCCCACCCCCAAUGCUCCGGUCCCCUCAAGGCGCCCCAUGGAUGUUUGGAGAUCCAAUCGAGCCCAUUCGGGCUUCGUCCACCGCCCUCUCCCACACGACACACGCUUCCGUCGCCCGAUCGAGCUCGACGCCGCUUCAACAUUUGAAUGCCGUAAUGCCACAGCUCGUCAGAACAAGCACACUGACUCAGCCCGCAAGCAACGGGUUUCCAGGUUAUGGGGUCUACCAAGAGAAGGUCACGCUAAAGCUCAUGGGCAAUCUUACCUCCAUGGCAGAGGGCUGGACACAGGAGGAGUGGGAAAGCAAGCGCAGGCUUGUUUUGUUCAGGAAACAGCAACACGGCAGCGUGCUGACAGUGACAUUCAAAGCUGUAAGCCCGGCAGAACGGCCACCGCAUAGCAUCUGCAUCAGCUGUAUAUGGUGGGAGGAGAAGCAUGCAUGCUACGUCACGUCGGUGGACACCAUUCACCUGCUUGAACAACUUCUUGCAGCCCCGAACCGCUUCGGCGUCGAGGAAAAGAACCGCAUCCGCAGAAACCUAGAGGGGUUUCAGCCAACCACCGUCAGCAAAGCCAAGGCCGAGAGCGAGGAGUUCUUCAAGGUUAUCAUGGGGUUUGGGAACCCAAAGCCGCGCAAUAUCGAGAAGGAUGUCAAAGUUUUUCAGUGGAAGGACUUGGCUCCGGCCCUUUUCAAGAUCAUCUCCAAGUACAGCGCCUCGACAGCAAGCGUCGUGACUCCGACCAGCUCACCUCAAGUUGUCACCACCGCAGGCCUCACUGGCGGGUAUGCCGCGCUGCCGCCGACCCCAGUCUCCACGCCUUCGGCUGUCGUGACAGAUACAUUAGCGGCCGCGAGUUACGUGAGCGCAGGCCAUCACUAUGCGGAUCCUCUAACAAGCCCACGGGGGCGAGUGACGAGAUCAUCGUCAUUGUCUACUUACAGGGCAGCGCGAAAAGGGAUGUCCCCAGCGUUGAAGAACAAUUCCCCUGUCGCUACUACGGCCGUUCGCAUCCCUACUUUGAACCUGCCAGUAAUCUACGAACCGAGGAGCACAAUACACAGCCUUACAUCGCCAUACGGCUUGUCCGGGCCGUCUCACCACAGCCAACACCACGGGCACGGAUCCUACAGUCACCAGGCCAUCCCCGUUUCGCAGAGCCAAACGCGGAGCUGGGAAACCUAUCCCGCGGAUAGCUAUUCCACGCAGGCCGGCAGCGCUCACAGCCAAGGAUACGGAGGUGCAGCAUACGGGGACGGAAGCCAGCGUGCUUGAGCAGGUGACCAAUCCCAGGCUAGGGUAGCAUCGCCCAAGCUCAUGGGGGCAAGUCAUCGCGGAAUGUUACCUACCAUACUUGCGCACGCUAGUGAUAAGCAGUGCCGGCGGCCCAGGGGGUGUGCAUGAGACGCGGCCGACGCGUG